AUGAGUGAACUCUCAGCUUGGACACCCGGGGAGUCCUCAGGACUCCAAAUAAACAGAGGCUCCCAGUGCUCGCCAGAGGAGGUUCCUACAGCUGCUUCAAAGCCUGGGCACAGCCUGGGCGUUCUCCAUGCCUCCUACAGUGUCAGCCAUCGCGUUGGGUCCUGGUGGAACAUCGCAUCUCGCUGGCACCAGUGGAACAGGCAGAUCCUCAAAGAUGUCUCCUUGUACGUCGAGAGUGGGCAGAUCAUGUGCAUCUUAGGGAGUUCAGGCUCGGGGAAAACCACGCUGCUGGACGCCAUGUCGGGGAGGCUGUGGCGCAUGGGAACGCUGCUCGGGGACGUGUGUGUGAACGGCCAGGCGCUGCGUAGGGACCAGUUCCAGGACUGCUUCUCCUACGUCCUACAGAGCGACACUCUCCUGAGCAGCCUCACCGUGCGCGAGACGCUCCGCUAUACAGCGCUGCUGGCCAUCCGUGGCGGCUCCCCCAGCUACAUCCAGAAGAAGGUGGAGGCGGUCAUGGCAGAGCUGAGUCUGAGCCACGUGGCAGACCGACUGAUCGGCAACUACCACUUUGGGGGACUUUCCAACGGCGAGCGGCGCCGGGUCUCCAUCGCAGCCCAGCUCCUCCGGGAUCCCUCCAUCAUGCUGUUUGAUGAGCCAACCACUGGCCUGGACUGCAUGACAGCAAAUCAGAUCAUUGUCCUCCUAGCAGAACUGGCUCGCAGGGACCGCAUCGUGAUCCUCACCAUCCACCAGCCCCGCUCUGAGCUCUUCCAGCUCUUUGACAAAAUCGCCAUUCUGAGCUACGGGGAGCUGGUUUUCUGCGGGACACCAGUGGAAAUGCUUGAUUUCUUCAAUGGCUGUGGUUACCCUUGUCCAGAACAUUCAAACCCUUUCGAUUUUUAUAUGGACCUGACCUCAGUGGAUACCCAAAGCAAAGAACGGGAAAUAGAAACCUACAGGAGAGUCCAGAUGAUUGAAUCUGCCUACAAGAAAUCAGCAAUUUAUCAAAAAAUCUUGGAGAAUAUUGAAAGAACAAAACAUCUGAAAACAUUACCAAUGGUUCCUUUCAAAACCAAAGAUUCCCCUGGAGCUCUCUCUAAACUGUGUGUUCUCUUGAGGAGAGUGACAAGAAACUUAAUGAGAAAUAAGCUGGCUGUGAUUAUGCGUCUGGUUCAGAAUCUGAUCAUGGGUUUGUUCGUCAUUUUCUUCCUUCUUCGAGUCCAGAAUGAUGUGCUAAAGGGUGCUUACCAGGACCGCGUGGGUCUCCUGUACCAGUUUGUGGGUGCCAUGCCAUACACAGGCAUGCUCAAUGCAGUGAAUCUGUUUCCUGUGCUGCGAGCUGUCAGUGACCAGGAGAGCCAGGAUGGCCUGUACCAGAAGUGGCAGAUGCUCUUGGCCUAUGUGCUGCACGUCCUCCCCUUCAGCAUCAUUGCCACCAUGAUUUUCAGCAGUUUGUGUUACUGGACUCUGGGCUUAAACCCUGAGGUUGCCAGGUUUGGAUAUUUCUCUGCUGCUCUCUUGGCCCCCCACUUAAUUGGUGAAUUUCUAACUCUCGUGCUACUUGGAAUGGUCCAAAACCCUAAUGUGGUCAACAGUAUCGUGGCUCUACUCUGCAUUGCUGGGGUGCUUGUGGGAUCUGGGUUCCUAAGAAACAUAGAAGAAAUGCCCAUUCCUUUUAAAAUCUUCACUUAUUUUACAUUCCAAAAAUACUGCUGUGAGAUUCUUGUAGUCAAUGAAUUCUAUGGACAGAAUUUCACUUGUGGCAGCUCAAACGGUUCUGUGUCAACUAAUCCAAUGUGUGCCUUCAAUCAAGGAAUUCAAUUAAUUGAGAGAAUCUGCCCAGGUGCAACAUCCAGAUUCACAACAGACUUUCUGAUUCUGUAUGCAUUUAUCCCAAUUCUUGUCAUCCUAGGAAUAGCUGUUUUUAAAGUAAGGGAUCAUCUCAUUAGCAGAUAAUAAAGAACAUUGCUGUGAAAAUUGAACUUAAGCUCCUAGAUGUACGUGAUGGCUUUGGAUGUCUGAAAUAGAA